AUGACAGAUCAUUCUAAACUUAUGAGAAACUUCAAAGUGGAUAUAUCCAAUGAUAUAGUCAUUGAAAAUCAAAGAGGAAUAACUUUAAUAGGCUAUACUUUGUACUCUCCUCAUUUGUUAAUCCCCAGAAUAGAUCCUCCUCAGUACCAAAUAAUUUAUUUUGAUGGUAAAGAGGGAGAUGAUAGAGAACAGGCAAAAAUCACUUUUACAUCGUUGUCAAAUAAGAUUCUUCAUUCAUUUGAACAAUUGUACCCUAUGGAUUUUCAAUUAAAUGAGACUGCCUCCAAGCAACAUAAGUGGUAUGUCUUAAUGUCAGUUGAGGAUACAGAUGAUGAUGGCUGGGAUUAUAGUUGGUCAUUUCGAAGCAAGAGAUGGAAGUAUAAAAAUGGAUUAGUACGGAGACGAGUGUGGGUAAGGUUACCAGAAGUAGCAUAA